AUGAAAUUCAAGGCGUUCCUCACCGACAACGGCAUCAACCUCCUCGAGAAGCGCAUCCUCCCCGCCCUUGACAAGAUCGGCAGGUCCUGCCACCUCUACCUCACCCGCGACCACGCCUUCUUCCUCCACAACCUCCUCCACCCCGACGGCGUCCACUCCGUCGCCCAGUUCAACAAGCACUCCCUCUUCCACGACUACCGAAUCUCCAGCCACAACGACGACCGCAUCGCCUUCUCCCUCGACCUCCCCCUCCUCCACCGCGCACUCCGCUCCAUCCUCGCUAUCUACGCCGACUCCCGCGACCUCAACCCCGCCGGCGUCCAGAUCAAGCUCGUCAAGAAGCUCCCCCCGCACUCCACCCAGGCCGCGCCAUUCCUCACCCUCGAGGCCAAGGGCCACAAAUCCGCCGUCAUCCAGGACGUCCCCGUCUCGAAGCCCCUGUCCCGAGCCGACGUCCUGGAGCUCCAGCUCGCGCUCGAGGCCAGCCAGGAGAUGCCGGCGACCUUGGUCCGAGCGCCCGACCUCAACUCUCUGCAGAGCUUUGUCGACAGGAUGAAGCACGUGGGUGACGUCAUGGGGGUCACCGUCACAAAGUACGGCGACCUGCACCUCCAGAUCUCGACAAGCCUGAUCACGCUAGGUGCCGAGUUCCGGAAGCUUAUGGUUUUGGGGGAGAGGGAGAGUCGGGCCUGUGGGGAUGAAAAUCUGAGCGCUCAGGCCCGGAUUGAACGGGCUGUACAGAGGCAGGAUGCAAUGAGGGUGGAGGUCAGCGUGAAGCAUUUUUUCAGGUGCCUGCAGUACAGCCUUGCGAAGCCCGACUGCGCAUUUUACGGUAUUGCCCCUCAGGGUGCUUGUUUGGUUGUCAUCUUCCAGUUUUUUGUUCCGGGGACGAGGCAGACUGAUAAGUCGAUCAGUUUGCACUGUCGGCUGCCCGUGCUUGAUCCUGGGUCGAACUGA